UUUCCGCUCACGCAUAUCCUGUGAUCUCUCUCGCUCGGUCGUACGCACGGAGCACGCGUAUGCAGACACCUGUUGCAUGCAAUUAUCACCGUCACGGUAAUGCCGAACGCGGGCGCGUUUGGCUGCCGUUCACGUAAAUAGAAAAGGAGGAAAAGUCGUUGAUUGACGCAGCUUGGCGGUGUUGGGGUGGUUUAGGUUUUGGGAUGGGGGCUCGGCCGUGGCUGCAGAGAGUUGAUGUCGUAAGAAUUCGGAUUCGCUUAGGGAGAAUCGCAGGUUGUUGAUUUUCCUAGUUUGGUUGCGGUGGACUGUUGGACUUGGCAAAUGAGAAUAUCGGGAUGAGGGGGCUUGGGUGGGAAGUUGUCGAUGGGCACCCCCGACAACAAACUAUCCGAGCUGGUUGACCUAGUGAAGUCCUGGAUCCCUCGGAGGGUCGAGCCAGCGCAGUUAUCGAGGGACUUUUGGAUGCCUGAUCACAGCUGCAGGGUAUGUUAUGAGUGUGAUUCCCAGUUCACUGUCUUCAACCGCAGGCAUCACUGUCGAGUAUGUGGACGAGUUUUCUGUGCUAAGUGUACGGCGAAUUCCAUUCCUGCCCCAUCUGAUGAGCAGAAGACUGGACAGGAAGAUUGGGAGAGGAUCAGGGUUUGCAACUACUGCCAUAAGCAAUGGGAGCAGGGGAUAGUGGCAGUUGAUAAUGGAAACGGUGCCAGUGCACCCACACCUGGCCUUAGUCCAUCACCGUCUGCAACAAGCUUGGCGAGCACCAAAUCAAGCUGCACCUGUAAUAGUGGCAGCAGUACUGUGGGUUCCACUCCUUAUUUAACUGGACCUUAUCAGCGUGUGCCUCGCAAUUCCGGUCUUAGCCCUCAAUCUUCUCAAAUGGAUCCAACUGCAGUCGAGCAAGAUGAUGUAGCUUCUGUGACAGGAAUACCACCCUACAAAGAUGCAGGGGAUCGAUCUUCUAACCAGUACAGCUUCUGCAUAAAUAGGAGUGAUGAUGAAUAUGACUAUUACGGUGGGUAUCCUUCAGAUUCUGAAUCCAGGCAAUAUUGUCCUGUAAUUGUAGAUGAUAUUGCCCGCAUGUAUGGACCAUAUGAAGCCCAUCCUGAUGAAGAUAACAUCAGUUCUAAAGAUGUCAGUUGCUCCCCCGUACUUGAGAAUUUUGCUUCCCCAGUUGUAGAUGGUAGUAAAGAAGUAGGGGAUCAAGAAGGGAAACUGCAGCAGGGUCUGGAUAGUGAAGCUCCUAUGCAUGACUUAGAAGAAACUGAUACAGAACCUGUUGACUUUGAGAACAAUGGGUUACUUUGGCACAUUCCUGAGCCAAAGGAUGAGGAGGAUGAAAGGGAAGCUAUUCUAUCUGACGAUGAUGGGGAAGGCACCAGCGGAGAGUGGGGUUAUCUACGCUCUUCAGACAGCUUUGGUAUUGCGGAGUACCGUAGCAGGGACAAGUCAAAUGAGGAGCACAGGAAGGCCAUGAAAAAUGUGGUGGAAGGGCAUUUUAGGGCUUUGCUAGCCCAACUUUUGCAGGUUGAAAACCUUUCCAUGGAUGAUGGAGAUAGGAAAGAUAAUUGGUUGGAUAUAAUUGCAUCUCUUUCUUGGGAGGCUGCCACACUUCUUAAGCCUGAUAUGAGUAAAGGUGGAGGAAUGGACCCUGGUGGAUAUGUGAAGGUUAAAUGCAUUGCAUGUGGGCGGCGGGAUGAGAGUAAGGUGGUCAAAGGAGUUGUUUGCAAGAAAAAUGUGGCUCACAGGCGGAUGACUUCGAAAAUAGAUAAGCCACGUCUUCUAAUCCUGGGAGGAGCUUUGGAAUACCAGAGGGUUACUAAUCAUCUAUCAAGCUUUGAUACAUUGUUGCAGCAGGAAAUGGACCACUUGAAAAUGGCUGUUGCGAAGAUCAAUGCGCAUGAUCCGGAUGUUCUUUUGGUAGAGAAGUCUGUAUCUCGCCAUGCACAAGAAUAUCUUCUUGGCAAAGAUAUAUCCCUUGUUUUGAAUAUUAAGAGGUCACUGUUAGAGCGUAUAGCUCGCUGUACCGGUGCACAGAUAGUUCCUUCAAUCGAUCAUCUAACAUCACCCAAAUUGGGGUAUUGUGAGACGUUUCACGUGGAGAAGUUGAUAGAAGAGCAUGGUAGUGCGGGCCAAGGAGGAAAGAAAUUGGCAAAGACACUGAUGUUUUUUGAGGGUUGCCCAAAGCCCUUUGGUUGUACUAUUUUGCUCAAGGGUGCCAAUGGGGACGAGUUGAAGAAGGUAAAACAUGUUGUUCAGUAUGGAAUUUUUGCAGCUUACCACUUGGCGCUAGAGACAUCAUUUCUUGCUGACGAGGGCGCAUCACUCCCAGAGCUACCUUUGAGAUCACCGAUAACGGUUGCAUUACCUGAUAAAUUAUCAAGUGUUGAGAGGUCCAUUUCCACCAUACCUGGUUUCUCUGUCACAUCUGCUAGUCCUUUGGAUGCACGACCAGUUAGCGAAAUGAGUUUAGAUAAAGGCUUUACCUUAGGCGGAUCCUUGUCUGCCGACACUGACAAAAUGGAAGGUUCGAGGUCUCUUUUUCCUUUUAAAGGUUCUAUUCUUAAACUUCAUAUAAGGACUCUUAUCUUAGUUCUACUUGUUCAGUUGUCCCAUUCACCUUUUCUUUCUUUUUUCCCCCUUUCAGGUUUGCAUAAAUUGGAUCCUAAGAGCAAUGAACUUUUGUCAAACCAUUAUGCGGAGAAUUUUGAGGUGGGUGGAGGGGAAUCUUUUCCAAUGACAUCUGCCAGCACAUUCAAAGAUGGUUCGGAUAGCAGUUUUGUCUCUAAUGCUCUUUCCACUUCUGAGAAGGUCCGACAAAGUGACGAUUAUAGGCAUGGCGAUAAUAUUACAUUGCCAGCAGAUAAUGUUGGGAAAUCAGAUUUGGCAGCUGCAAAAGAUGGGAAAAAUUAUAAUGGGGAAAUGGGCUCUUCAAAAGAAGAGUUUCCUCCUUCUCCUUCCGAUCAUCAGAGCAUUUUAGUUUCUUUAUCCACAAGGUGUGUGUGGAAAGGAACUGUAUGUGAAAGGGCUCACCUCUUGCGCAUUAAAUACUAUGGAUGCUUUGAUAAGCCCUUGGGCCGGUACUUACGGGAUCACUUGUUUGACCAAAAUUACCAUUGUCGCUCAUGCGACAUGCCAUCAGAAGCACAUGUUCAUUGUUACACUCACCGGCAAGGCAGCCUGACAAUUUCUGUCAAAAGACUUCCAGAGUUUCUCUUACCAGGAGAACGUGAAGGAAAAAUCUGGAUGUGGCACAGGUGUCUGCGGUGUCCUCGAAAAAAUGGCUUUCCUCCAGCAACUAGAAGAGUACUUAUGUCUGAUGCAGCGUGGGGAUUAUCUUUUGGGAAAUUUUUGGAGCUGAGCUUUUCCAAUCAUGCUGCUGCAAGUAGGGUUGCUAGCUGUGGUCAUUCACUGCAUAGAGAUUGUCUCCGCUUCUAUGGCUUUGGGAGAAUGGUUGCUUGCUUCCGCUAUGCUUCCAUUGAUGUUCAUUCUGUUUAUCUUCCACCAGCAAAAAUUGAGUUUGACUAUGAUAAUCAGGAUUGGAUAAAAAAAGAAGCAAAUGAGGUUCAUGAGCGAGCAGUACUCUUAUUAAAUGAUGUUCGUAAUGCUCUUCAAAGGCUAACAGAGAAAUCACCUGCGAUGUCACUGGAAGGCAGUGAUAAAUCAUCAGAAUCAAGAAAUCAAAUGGAGGAAUUGGAAGAGAUGCUAGUUAAGCGGAAAGCAGAAUUUGAGGACCUACUAGGAAAAGUGCUGGCUGGAGGGUUGAAAGUUGGCCAUCCCAUGAUUGAUAUUCUUGAAAUUAAUAAAUUGCGAAGGCAGUUACUCUUCCAUUCUUACACUUGGGAUCGAUGCCUUAUCCAUGCAUUGAGAUUUAAUAAUAAGAGUCUGCAGGGAGGUUUGAACAGCUUUACUCAAAAACCCAGUACUGCUAAGGAGAAAACUGUCACUUCUGUGGAGAAGUUUGUUGAGACUGCAGUGCUUUCUAAUACUGCUAAAGGCUUUAGCAGUUGUGAUUCCUUUCUUCUGGAGAAAAAACCUCAUGCGAGCCUUAAUCAAGUUGAAAAUGGCAGUGAAGGUGGUGAGGCAAAUGCAGUUCUUGAAAUAAAGAAUUCAGACCAGGAUUUAAACAAUAAAAAGCAAAAUGAUACUUCUGUUUCUGCUAGUGCAACUAUUGGCAAUUCUGAUCCCCUUGAAUCUGGGAAAAUAGUGCAGAGGGCCUUAUCAGAGGGGGAGUUCCCUAUAGUUGCAAACUUGUCAGAAUCCCUUGAUGCAGCAUGGAGUGGUGAAAGUCAGCUAUCGACUACGGCACCUGAAGUGAACAGCAAUUCAACUGCAACCAGUUCUUUAACUGUCUCAAUUUCAGCCAAGGCAAGGUCUGAGUCAGAUGUUCAGGGUAGUGAGCAAAAUGGAAAGCCGACUACGAGUUCUACCCCUUUAUUCCCAUCGAAGGGAGGUGAAAACUCGAACAGUCUAGCCAGUGUGGGAAUGGGUAUCCCAAAUAUCUAUAGCUCUUUUAAUACUUACACUGCUUAUUAUCAGAAGAUUGGUGUUGGUGAAUACCAUCCAAUGUAUGUCCUGUCAUAUUGGGAGUCAGAAAGGCAAAGUGGUGCCAGGUUUUUUCUCCCAGUAGGUUUUAAUGAUACCAUUGUGCCUGUUUAUGAUGAUGAACCAACCAGUGUUAUAGCUUAUGCACUCACCUCACCAGAUUAUCAUGCCCAGAUAUCUGACUCUGAGAAAUCAAAAGAUGGUCUGGACUCUUCGAUCUCAUUGCCUCUCUUUGAUUCAGUAAAUUUACUCUCACUCAAUUCACUGAAUGACGCAACCUGGGAUAGCCUUAAAGGUUUUGGAUCAAUGGAUGAGAUUAUCUCAUCCACAUCUGGAUCUAGGAGCUCUCAGAGCAUGGACCCACUUUUGUCCGCCAAGGAUUUGCAUGUUAGAGUCUCUUUCAAUGAUGAGGGCCCUCAAGGAAAGGCCAAGUAUGUCGUGACUUGUUAUUAUGCUAAGCAGUUUGAGGCUUUAAGGAGGAUUUGUUGCCCAUCGGAAUUGGAUUUUAUACGGUCUCUUAGUCGUUGUAAGAAAUGGGGUGCCCAGGGUGGCAAGAGCAAUGUUUUUUUUGCCAAGACCUUGGAUGACCGGUUCAUCAUCAAACAGGUUACAAAGACAGAGUUGGAAUCUUUCAUCAAAUUUGCUCCUGCUUAUUUUAAAUAUUUGUCUGAGUCGAUCUGUUCUGGGAGUCCGACUUGCUUGGCAAAGAUUGUUGGCAUAUAUCAGGUUUCUUCCAAGCACCCUAAAGGAGGGAAGGAAACAAAGAUGGAUGUUCUGGUGAUGGAAAAUCUUCUCUUUCGCCGUAACAUCACACGCCUUUAUGACCUCAAAGGAUCUUCAAGAGCAAGGUACAAUCCUGAUACCAGUGGGAGCAAUAAAGUAUUACUGGAUCAGAACUUGAUCGAAGCAAUGCCAACCUCUCCGAUAUUUGUUGGAAAUAAGGCAAAGCGUUUGCUUGAGAGAGCUGUCUGGAAUGACACUGCAUUUCUCGCUUCUAUUGAUGUGAUGGACUACUCAUUACUUGUUGGAGUAGAUGAGGAAAGGCACGAGCUGGUUCUUGGCAUUAUCGAUUUUAUGAGGCAAUAUACAUGGGAUAAGCACCUUGAGACUUGGGUGAAGACGUCAGGCUUUCUUGGCGGGCCAAAGAAUGCGUCUCCGACCGUGAUCUCGCCUCAAAUGUACAAGAAACGUUUUAGAAAAGCUAUGACUGCAUACUUUGUCAUGGUGCCAGAUCAGUGGACACCUCAAACAAUAAUCCGCAGCGGCUCGCAGUCUGACAUUUGCGAGGACAAUGCCCAAGGUGGGAACACCUUAGAUUGAUAAAUGUCAUAUUCUUUUCUGUAUGUCCAAAAUGUAAGUUCGAAAUAAUCAUCACCUUCCCUUCUCUUCCUGUAUUAUACAUCUUUUCUCUCUUCUAUUCUUUCCCCCUUCCAUGUCCCACGCGUAUUGUUGUGAUAGAUGUACAUGUUGAAAAUUCUCUCUUUAGGCAGCAGCUAAAGGUUCUAAAUGCCAAGUGUUUUCUGUAAGGGUAUAGUGCCUUGCCCCUGUUCUACUUUGUACAAUGUCCUAUGGCCAAGCAUUAAAGGAAAAGAAGGAAUUACAGAAUGUCUGCAUGGAAUCGUUGCAUA